UCUUGCCUCCAGCAAAUCCAUCCUCCAAUCCUGAUGCCAGAGUGAUCUGAAAUGCAAAUAUGAUCUUGCCACUCCCCUGCUUAAAACCCACCAACUGCAGUGGUUCUGUAACCGCAGGGUAGCCUCUGACAAGGGCUGAAAGCACAAAGCUAUCUGAUCUCUGGAGAAGGACCUUUUCCCUUCCUGCUUGGGUCCCACCUGCACCCUUUGACUUCCGGUUGAAACUGCUGUCUCAUCAGCCACCCUGCCCACACUCUGGACAUCUCUGCUCUCUCUCAUCCCCUCUCUCACCCACAGGCAGGACCCCAUAUCUACUCCUCUCAAUCAACUUAUUUGGCUCCCCAUUGGCCUUAACUCUUUCCACUUUUUUUUUGUUGUUGUUGUUGUUUGGGGUUUUUUCCUUGUCCCAAAGUUCGCUCCCCACCCCCACCCUCCAAAAAAGUCUGUUUCUUUCUGUCUCUUCACUAAGUCCUCCCAAUCAACAGCCCAUAGUGGGGUUUUCUCCUCAGAAGUGCAUAAUCCACAACGUGCUAUUUAAACCAGUUUUAUUUUGCCUUGGGAAGUCCCAUUGCCUUGCCUGAAGACAUUAAAAAUUUCUCCUGUCCCCAGCCUGAAUCUCUCUGUCCCUGAGCCCCAGCCUGCUCUGCGGCAGAGCUGGUGUGUCCAGGACAGAGUGACCCUCAGAGGCCCUUGCCCCACCCUCCCCCACCACCACCCGUCCCCUGGCCCUGCCUUCCCCUCACUUCCCAGUCUCCUCUGCUUCUGGCAGCUUUGGGACCCCCGCCCCUGGCUUCUCCUCCAUGCUGUAUGGAAUGAAGAUUGCAAAUCUGGCCUACGUCACCAAGACUCGGGUCAGGUUCUUCAAACUCGACCGCUGGAUUGACUCGCGGCUCCCAGAAAAGAGGAGAAUGAAGCUGAGCUCAGAUAUCAGCAAGCACCACAAGUCACUGCUAGCCAAGAUCUUUUAUGACAGGGCUGAGUAUCUUCACGGGAAGCAUGGGGUGGACGUGGAAGUCCAGGGGCCCCACGAAGCACGAGAUGGGCAGCUCCUUAUCCGCCUGGAUUUGAACCGCAAGGAGGUGCUGACCCUGAGGCUCCGGAACGGAGGAAACAAACCUGUUACCCUCACUCACCUCUUCCCACUCUGCCGGACACCCCAGUUUACCUUCUACUAUGGUGACCAGGAGCUGCCCUGUCCGCUAGGCCCCGGUGAAUGCUAUGAGCUGCAUGUGCACUGUAAGACCAGCUUUGUGGGCUACUUCCCAGCCACGGUGCUCUGGGAGCUGCUGGGACCUGGGGAGUCGGGGUCAGAAGGAGCUGGCACUUUCUACAUUGCCCGCUUCUUGGCUGCCGUCGCCCACAGCCCUCUGGCUGCACAAUUGAAGCCCACGACUCCCUUCAAGCGCACCCAGAUCACUGGAAACCCUGUGUUGACCAGCCGGAUAGAGGAAGGAGAGAGACCUGACCUCGCUAAAGGCUAUGACUUGAAGCUAAGUAUGGCACUGGGGACCUACUACCCACCCCCACGCCUCAGGCAGCUGCUCCCCAUCCUUCUUCAGGGAACAAGUAUCUUCACUGCCYCAAAGGAGAUUGCUGAGAUCAAGGCCCAGCUGGAGACAGCCCUGAAGUGGAGGAACUAUGAGGUGAAACUCYGACUGCUGCUGCACCUGGAGGAGCUGCAGAUGGAGCACGACAUCCGGCACUAUGACCUGGAAUCGGUGCCCAUGACCUGGGACUCCGUGGACCAGAACCCCAGGCUGCUCACACUGGAGGUUCCCGGUGUGACCGAGAGCCGCCCCUCAGUGCUGCGGGGGGACCACCUGUUUGCCCUUCUGUCCUCUGAGACACAGCAGGAGGACCCCAUCACCUACAAGGGCUUCGUGCACAAGGUGGAACUGGACCRUGUCAAACUGAGCUUUUCCACGAGCCUCCUGAGCCGAUUUGUGGAUGGGCUGACCUUCAAGGUGAACUUCACCUUCAACCGCCAGCCCCUGCGGGUCCAGCAUCGGGCCCUGGAACUGACAGGGCGCUGGCUGCUGUGGCCCAUGCUUUUUCCUGUGGCCUCCCGUGGGGUCCCGCUGCUGCCCUCAGAUGUGAAGCUCAAGCUGUAUGACCGGAGUCUGKAGUCAAACCCAGAGCAGCUGCAGGCCAUGAAGCACAUUGUUAUGGGCACCACACGUCCAGCCCCCUACAUCAUCUUUGGGCCUCCAGGCACUGGCAAGACUGUCACAUUAGUGGAGGCCAUUAAGCAGGUGGUGAAGCACUUGCCCGAAGCUCACAUCCUAGCCUGCGCUCCGUCCAACUCGGGUGCUGACCUUCUCUGUCAGCGGCUCCGGGUCCACCUGCCCAGCUCCAUCUACCGUCUCCUGGCCCCCAGCAGGGACAUCCGCAUGGUACCUGAGGAUAUUAAGCCCUGCUGUAACUGGGAUGCGAAAAAGGGGGAGUAUGUGUUUCCUGCCAAGAAGGAGCUGCAGGAAUACCGCGUCUUAAUUACCACUCUCAUUACGGCCAGCAGGUUGGUGUCGGCCCAGUUUCCCAUCGAUCACUUCACACACAUCUUCAUUGAUGAGGCCGGCCACUGCAUGGAACCUGAGAGUCUGGUGGCCAUAGCAGGACUGAUGGAAGUUAAGGAAACAGGCAAUCCAGGAGGGCAGCUGGUGCUGGCUGGAGACCCGCGACAGCUAGGACCUGUGCUGCGCUCCCCACUGACACAGAAGUAUGGGCUGGGGUACUCACUGCUGGAACGGCUGCUCACCUACAAUGCCCUGUACAAGAAGGGCCCCGAUGGCUAUGACCCUCAGUUCAUAACCAAGCUGCUACGCAACUACAGGUCCCAUCCCACCAUCCUGGACAUUCCCAACCAACUCUACUACGAUGGAGAGCUGCAGGCCUGUGCAGAUGUGGUGGAUCGAGAGCGCUUCUGCCGCUGGGAGGGUCUGCCUCAAAAGGGAUUUCCCAUCAUCUUUCAUGGUGUGAUGGGUAAAGAUGAGCGUGAGGGCAAUAGCCCAUCCUUCUUCAACCCUGAAGAGGCUGCCACGGUGACCUCCUACCUGAAGCUGCUCCUGGCCCCUUCCUCUAAGAAGGGGAAAGCCCGCCUGAGCCCACGAAGCGUUGGAGUCAUCUCGCCAUACCGGAAGCAGGUGGAAAAAAUCCGUUAUUGCAUCACCAAACUUGACAGGGAGCUUUGGAGACUGGAUGACAUAAAGGACUUGAAGGUGGGCUCUGUGGAAGAAUUCCAAGGCCAAGAACGCAGUGUGGUCCUCAUCUCCACCGUGCGAAGCAGCCAGAGCUUUGUGCAGCUGGAUCUGGACUUUAACCUGGGUUUCCUUAAGAACCCCAAGAGGUUCAACGUGGCUGUGACCCGGGCCAAAGCUUUGCUCAUCAUAGUGGGCAACCCCCUUCUCUUGGGCCAUGACCCCGACUGGAAAGCAUUCCUGGAGUUCUGUAAAGAAAACGGAGGGUAUACAGGGUGUCCCUUUCCUGCCAAACUGGACCUACAGAAUGGACAGAACUUACUUCAAGAUCUGAGCAAGCUCAGCCCCUCUACCUCAGGGCCCCAUGGUCACGACUACCUCCCCCAGGAGCGGGAGAGUGAAGGGGGCCUGUCCCUGCAAGUGGAGCCCGAGUGGAGGAAUGAGCUCUGAAGACACAGCUGCCUGCCUUCUCACACCAAGCCAAGCCUUAGCUCGCUGCACCCAGCCCUGAACCAAAACCCAGCUGAGCUGCCCCUCUAAGGGACAGGAAGGCUGGGGGAGGGUGUUUACAACCAAGCCAUUCCACCCCUUCCCCUGCUGGGGAGAAUGACACAUCAAGCUGCUAACAAUGGGGGAAGGGGGAGGAAGAAAAACUCUGAAAACAAAAUCUUGUUCUAUGCAAAAGCCU